AGCAGCAUCAAUAGACCAGAAGCCUAUUUAUCCAGCGAAUAAGAGACAGAGUUAGGUUGUACUGCCAAAAUCACGCGAUCCCGAGUGGGAAGAAAUCAGCAGGUGGCAGGGUUCCGAAGCCACGGCACCUCCCUCACAGCUCAGCCUAGAGCAUCCCUAACGGGCGACGCCACCCCGGGCCAGGCUUCCCGGGCGGGCUGCGGGACGGCGCAGACGCACUCGUUCCGCCUUCCCACCAAUCUCGGCCCUCGACGCGUUCCGUUCGUGCGUGGAAGAGCCCGGCGGGAGGAGAGGCCGCUCCGUGGGCAGGGGCCGAGGCGCGCCCAGCGGCUGGACCGGGCGACGGCGCGGAUGGCGGACUCGCAGCCGUUCUGCGUGGCGGAGGAGCGCAGCGGCCACUGCGCCGUGGUGGACGGAAACUUCCUCUACGUGUGGGGGGGCUACGUGUCAAUUGAAGACAAUGAAGUAUAUUUGCCUAAUGAUGAAAUUUGGACCUAUGAUAUUGAUAGUGGGUUGUGGACCAUGCACCUCAUGGAAGGAGAACUCCCUACCUCCAUGUCAGGAAGUUGUGGUGUUUGCAUUAAUGGAAAGCUGUACGUUUUUGGAGGAUAUGAUGACAAAGGAUACAGCAAUCGACUUUAUUUUGUUAAUUUGCGAACAAGAGAUGGAACCUACGUUUGGGAAAAAAUCACCAAUUUUGAAGGACAACCACCCACACCACGUGAUAAACUUUCUUGCUGGGUAUAUAAAGACAGAUUAAUAUAUUUUGGUGGCUAUGGGUGUAGGAGACACAGUGAACUCCAGGACUGUUUUGAUGUUCAUGAUGCAUCUUGGGAAGAACAGAUAUUCUGGGGGUGGCAUAAUGAUGUUCAUAUAUUUGAUACAAAGACACGGAGUUGGUUCCAACCAGAAAUUAAAGGUGGAGUCCCACCACAGCCGCGAGCCGCGCACACGUGUGCAGUUCUUGGACAUAAGGGCUAUAUCUUUGGCGGACGUGUUUUGCAAACUAGGAUGAAUGAUUUGCACUGUCUGAACUUAGAUACCUGGACUUGGUCUGGAAGGAUUCCUGUUAAUGGAGAAACCCCCAAACAUCGGUCAUGGCAUACUUUAACACCAAUAGCUGAUGAUAAACUUUUUCUAUUUGGUGGACUAAGUGCAGACAAUAUUCCAUUAAGUGAUGGUUGGAUUUAUAAUGUCAUAACAAAUUGUUGGAAACAACUUACACACUUACCUAAAACAAGACCCAGGUUAUGGCAUACAGCCUGUUUGGGGAAAGAAAAUGAAAUAAUGGUAUUUGGUGGGAGCAAAGAUGAUUUACUUUCCUUGGAUACAGGCCACUGUAAUGAUUUACUGAUUUUUCAAACACAGCCCUAUUCACUACUCAGGUCAUGCCUAGACUGCAUUGGUAAAAAUGCUAUAGUUUUAGAAAGUCAGAUAUCUUUAUUACCUCCUAAACUUCUGCAACAAGUGCUCAAAAAAAUAACAUUCUGGACUGCAGCUAAUCACCGAGAAGAACAAAGAAUCCAAAAAGAAGAAACUGAAAAUAAGUAUCAGUGGAUCAGUAGCAAUUAAGUUGUCAUAUACUCUCUAUAUUUAAUAUGUGUACACAUUUUAAUCAGACUGUAUAUUUACACCCCCCCCCCCCCACAAAAUUGGAGGAUUUAGAAGAUAAAAUUUGAAACAAAAAUGCUAUGUCCUGGUGAUUAUAGGCCAUGGAAUAUAUGGGAAUAAGAUGUUAAUGGAAGAUUAUAUUUUAUAUUUGUAAACUAAUUUCCUAAUUAGCUGCAGGAAGAAAUAUACUUUCUGAAAGUAUGUACAAUUGUAAGAGAUUUUAACUCACUGUGUACUCUUUACUGAAAAGUUUAUAUCAAUUUGAGGAGAAUGAGAAAUUAGCCCAAGGACUUAAGAAAUCCCCCAACAUAAUAAUAGAUAAAAAUACUAUACAUCAACUUUCAGAAAGAAUGGAUUUUCUCAAGCCACUUAAACAUUAUCUAAAGUUUCUCAUUAAGUAACCCAGUAAUUUAAAAACUUCUCCUUCAAUAACUGAUGCAGCUGGGCAAAAUGAUAAAAUAGGCAAGCGCCGAUAUGGAUUAAAUAGUGGACUCCUACCCUUUAGCCCUUACCUAGUAAAGUCUUAUUGAGCUUCAUUGUAACUUGUCCCCACCUUUAUUUGAAUAGCAGAAUAAAUGCCUUCAGUUGUCUUUCAUUCCCCCUAAGUUACUAGCUAAUCCAACUUUAUAAAGACCAUGUUUUAAAGUGUCUAAAGUGGAGAUUAAUUUAUCAUACAGACUUUGAAAUAUGGGGAAACAGUAGAUAUAUUAGCUUUUGAGACCCAUCAAAAUAUAUUUUUGCCCUGGAAGAAUGCUUCUAAAGUAGUUUCUGCAAGUAAUGAAAUGGGAUGGUAACUUAGUAAUUUGCCUUUAUAGAAAUCCUGCUAUUUGGCCCAUGGGGAAAUAUGUUGUCUUCCUAUUUAUUUUCAGUAUUACCUGCCUAUACAGAAAUAGCAUCCUAUAUUUAUAUUCCUUUAGCCAGUACUUUUGCCAUAAUUAAGAAGUUACUCAUCACAGUUAUACGCUUUCAUUGAAUUACUAAUAACAAUGAAUUAUUAAGAAGCUCAGUAUAUAAAAUUAUUCUCCCUAACACCACCAUUCAAGUUAUCUCUAAAAUUUAAAAUACUAGAGAGAAUAUAUUUCUAUAUUGAAAUAUAUAUGUAAUUUAUAAUGAUAAUUAUAGUAGUUUGUAGUAUCUCAUUAAAUUUUAGAUAUAUUUUAUAUAUAUGUACCAUAUUUUGGAUGUGUAAAGGCUUCUAUUUAUGUAUUGAAACACUUUGUGCUUACAUUUUAUUAUACAAACUCUAUAGAUAUACUAUUUUCCUAGUUUUGUUAGUGUAAACCAGUCAUUAGAGUCGAUUGUGCAAACAAGAUUUCAGUAUAAGUUUUCUUUUUCUUUUCUUUUUCUUUUUUUACUAUUUUUAGGCUGAAAACAGAUUUAGAAAAAGGAUCUCACAGGCAAUAUACAUCCUAGAAGUAAUUAUUACCAUGAACUUCUGUUAUCAGCAUUUUUUAAGGGGAAAAAAUAUGAAAACCUAUUGGAUAGGGAUACAUGCCAUUGAAUUGAAUGGACAUCUUUUAAAGUGUAGAUUAUGGGAAUUUAAAUUCUAGAUUAGGCAGACACCUCUCUAGCCUCUUAGAAAAACACUUCUGGUUUUAAAUGGUUUACUUGGAAUGUUAAAAGUUGGAUUCGCCCCCUCGAAACACACUGGUGUUUAGGCUUCAAGAGAAAUCUGUUGCCUGUGGCACACAAAACCUGUGCUGCUCUUUUUUGACUAAAUAUUCUGUGCUGCUUCAAUAGUAGGAGUGGCAGGAAAUUCUGAUCCUUACCUGCAGGUUCCACAAGUUGACUUCAACCAGGUUUUGCUUCUCUUCUGUUAGGAGCUGUAGAAAUUCUGGGAGCCUGCAAAGCUCGUUUCAAAACCUCAAAGCCAAGCAUUAUUAAUCCUUCACUUCUCACUAGCUGAUGGUUUCCUAUCAACUCUUGUGCUGCUGACCUCCAUGGUGUAGAGGAGCCAAAGACACUGACAGCCUCAGAACUUUCUCUUGGAACUCCCCUUGUGGGCUCUCUGUUCGGAAAACAAUUCUGCAGGGGUUGAUAGUUUUUUUUCAGGUGGUUCACAAAAUAGGUUUCCAAUCUCGUCCUCAAGGAAAAAGGAUUUCUGGCCAUCUUUAUUUUGUCUUUCAGGAUAUUUUUCCAGUUGUCAGGAAGGAUUCUUUUGAGUAUUAAUCAUCUUUAGUGUGAUACAGUAAAUAGCCCAUCUAAGUUAGUGUACAUUUUUUUUUCCCAAACAGUGUCUUUGCACACAUACCCUUAAAAAACAAUUAGCCUUUGGAUAAAAGCUUAAAAGUAUUCUUUAGAACUUUUUACUUUCAGUCCAGGAUGAAGUGGUGCUUUCACUAAUUCCUUACUUAUAUUGUACGUGUAUGUGAGAGAGAAAUAAUAUAAAGUCACGAAUUUUCGGGGUAGUAUGUACUGUCUGACAAAAAAAUUUUGACUUCAGAAAAUUUCAAAAGAAGCAAUUUUAAGAAACAAUGCUUUAAGAAACGUGUGUGCGCACACAUGCAUAUGCGCACACCUGUUUUUUCAUUGUAUUAAUGGGAUUCUACUGGAAUUUCUGGUUUGAUGAGGUUACCAUCCAGUCCAGCAUGUGGGUACAGCAAGAUCAUUCUUUAUCACCCUGUUACAGACUGAAUGUGUUUCCCCCAAAUUCAUAUAUUGAAACCCUGCUCCUCAAUCAAUGUAGUAGUAUUUGGAGGUGGAGUCUUUGGAGGUAAUUAGGUUUAGAUGAGGUCAUGAGGGUGAUGACCCCAUGAUGGGAUUGUUGUCCUUAUAAAGGGCAGAAAUCAGAGCUCACUCUUCUCCUGCCAUGUCAGGAUGCAAGCCCAUGAAAAGGGCUCCCACCUAGGGUCGAAUCUGCCAGCACCUUGAUCUUGGACUUCCCAGCCUCUAGAACUGUGAGAAAUAAAUGUCUGUUGUUCACA